CUCAGCGCCCCGAGUAGCUGGAAUUACAGGCAUGCGCCACCACCCCUGGCUAAUUUUUGUAAUGAAAAGAAAGUUUUAACUAGAAAAAAAUAGGCUGGGCGUGGUGGCUCACACAGUAUAAUCCCAGCACUUUGGAAGGCCGAGGCAGGCAGAUCAGUUGAGGUCAGGAGUUCAAGACCAGCCUGCCCAACUUAGUGAAACCCCAUCUCUACUAAAAAUAAAAAAAAUUAGCCAGGCGUGGUGGCCUGGCUAGUAGUCCCAGCUACUCGAGGCAGGAGAAUUGCUUGAGUCCGGGGAGGCGGAGGUUGCAGUGAGCCAGGGUGGCGCCACUGCACUCCAGCCUAAGUGACGGAGCAAGACUCCAUCUCAAAAAUAAAGAAAAAAGUAAACCAGGAAAAAGUAUAAUUCAAACUUCAAUAAUGUAUAGACUUGCCUUUUAAGGGAGAAAAAGCAAAACAGAUUUACAAUGUAAUAAAAUUCACAUUGACAGCAUUAAUGUGAUGUAUGAUAAUGUUUUAGUGACACUGUCUUCAACCUGAAUGUAGUAGAAAUUGUUACAUCUUUGGUUCAUUUGAAUUUGACAUGUUUAUUCUCUUGCACACCUUGUGUUACCUCAGCUCUCCCACCACUUUUCUCUAUUGCAUUUGCUCUCAUACUAGGGAUAUUUUGUCACUCUGGAGGCACUUGGCAAUGUCUCUGUACAUUUUUGGUUGUCCCAACUAAGGGUGUGAUACUACUGGCAUCUAGUAGGUUGAGGCCAGCAAUGCUGGUAACAUCUUACAAUGCACAGGAAAGCCCCUUGAAACAAAGAGGCAAAAUGGCAGUUAAUAGUGCUGCAGUUGAAAACCCUGUUCUAUCAGAAUUAAUUGAAAACUUUCGUAUAUAUAUGAUAUUGUGGUGUCCUUUGACCUUACUACAAACAAAUUAUUGUCAUUUUACAUCCCAAGUUAUGUUGUAAACAUUUAUAAAGUGCUCAUCUAGGUAAUCCAGAAUAUUCACUUAUUACUCUUUUUUAGAGUAUCAUCAAAAUAAAAAUACAAAAUUAAGGGUUACCCAUGGAGAACUCAUGGACUGCCUGUUCGCUAAUACAGAAUAUGUAUCUAUGAUCCCUGGUCUAGGAAAAAUCUUUAGCUGGUAUGUUGAAUGAAUGCAUGUGAGUUUAUUUCUUCAUCUUAAUCAGAAGUUCAUCUUAUGCAUUAAAAAAAAAAAAAACAUGUAGUACAAGUUUGGUCUUGGUUUUGUUUUUUGGUGAAAUGUUCUUCAUUUGCUUGAAAGGUAGGCUUUUUCACUCUUCUUCAUGCUGCUGUUCUAAUGCAAACAGUAGGAUCUCAAAACAGAAUGUUAUAAAUAUAUAAACAAAAGAAGCACAGCACUAAAUUUUUCAUAGUUCAUCUCUUCCCUCAACUUGGAAUGUCUGAGGAACCCACUGGGUGCACUGGCUCAUGCCUGUAAUCCCAGCUACUGAGGAGGCUGGGCAGGAAGAUCUGUUGAGGCCAGGAGUUCAAGGCUGCAGUGAGCUAUGCUCAUGCUACUGCACCCCAGCCUGGGUGACAGAGCAAGACUCUGUCUCUCUAAAAAAAAAAAAAAAAAAAAAAAAUUAAAUACCCUGAUGUGGUGACACGCACAUGUAGUGUAAGUCCCAGCUACUUGUGAGGCUGAGGCAGGAGGAUCGCUUGAGCCCAGGAGUUUGAGGUUGCAAUGAGCUAUGAUCAUGCCACUAUACCCUAGCCUGGGUGACAGAGCAAGACCCUGUCUCGGACAACAAAAAAAAAAUUUCUAAGGAAUCUUUAAUUGACCUUGGUACAACACAGCCACGUAACCCCUAAUAGGAGGAAGGACAUAUUUUUCAUUCCUCUUUGAUGGACAUGAACUUAACAUACAAAUGGACCUACCAUUUUUCCAAAUUCAUGCUCUAAAAUCAUAAAGACACCCUGUCUUGUCUUCCAGGAAGGCACACAGGAUUAUUAUGAAUCUGAGAUAAUAGCUGAUGUAUUGAAAGCAAAUCCUUCUAAUUUGGGAGCCCAGAUCACAAGAAGAUUAAAAGAUCUCAAGCAGAGAGAGUUUGCUCGAAAUGUCUCUUCAAGAUCCCGCAAGGAUGAGAAAAAACAGGAAAAAGCCCUUCGGCGGCUCCAUGAGUUGGCAGAGCAAAGAAAACAAGCUGAAUGUGCACCUGGAAGUGGUCCCAUGUUCAAACCAACCACAGUGGCUGUAGAUGAAGAAGGUGGAGAAGAUGAUAAAGAUGAAUCAGCUACAAAUAGUGGCACAGGUGCCACUGCUUCUUGUGGCCUGGGAUCUGAAUUCUCCAUAGAUAAAGGAGGCCCUUUCACUGCAGUACAAAUCACUAAUACCACUGGACUGGCCCAGGCUCCUGGGUUAGCCUCCCAAGGCAUCAGCUUUGGCAUUAAGAAUAAUCUGGGGACCCCAUUGCAAAAAUUGGGAGUGUCAUUUUCUUUUGCCAAGAAGGCUCCUGUCAAACUCGAAUCAAUAGCAUCAGUUUUCAAGGACCACGCAGAGGAAGGGACCUCUGAAGAUGGAACAAAACCCGAUGAGAAGGGUUCUGACCAAGGACUGCAGAAGAUAGGAGACUCUGAUGGGAGCAGUAAUCUUGAUGGUAAAAAAGAGGAUGAAGACUCUCCGGAUGGAGGGUCCCUUGCCUCAACAUUAUCCAAAUUAAAAAGGAUGAAACGAGAAGAAGGAGCUGGGGCUACAGAGCCCGAGUAUUACCACUACAUCCCCCCAGCACACUGCAAAGUAAAACCUAAUUUUCCCUUCCUACUUUUUAUGAGAGCCAGUGAACAAAUGGAAGGUGAUAAUACUACACACCCAAAGAAUGCCCCAGAGAGUAAAAAAGGCAGUUCUCCCAAGCCUAAAAGCUGCAUCAAGGCGGCAGCAAGCCAAGGAGCAGAAAAGACAGUUAGUGAAGUUUCUGAGCAGCCGAAGGAAACCAGCAUGACCGAGCCCUCAGAACCAGGAAGCAAAGCUGAGGCAAAGAAGGCCUUAGGAGGGGAUGUAAGUGAUCAGAGUUUAGAGAGUCAUAGUCAGAAGGUUUCAGAGACCCAAAUGUGUGAGUCCAACUCUUCUAAAGAAACCUCUGUGGCCACCCCAGCAGGGAAAGAAAGCCAAGAAGGACCCAAACAUCCUACUGGUCCCUUCUUCCCAGUUUUGAGCAAAGAUGAAAGCACUGCCCUCCAGUGGCCAUCAGAACUAUUAAUUUUCACCAAGGCAGAACCCUCCAUUUCAUACAGUUGUAACCCUUUAUAUUUUGACUUUAAACUUUCAAGGAACAAAGAUGCCAGAACUAAAGGAACAGAAAAACCAAAGGAUAUAGGAAGCUCCUCAAAGGACCAUCUCCAAGGCCUAGAUCCUGGUGAGCCAAAUAAAAAGAAGGAAGUGGGUGGAGAGAAAGUAGUACGUUCCUCAGGAGGCAGAAUGGACGCACCUGCUUCAGGGUCUACCUGUAGCAGCCUGAACAAGCAGGAGCCUGGGGGUAGCCAUGGGUCUGAAACAGAAGACACAGGGAGAAGCCUUCCCAGCAAGAAAGAACGAUCUGGGAAGUCCCACCGGCACAAAAAGAAAAAGAAGCACAAAAAAUCCAACAAACACAAACGUAAACACAAGGCUGACACAGAAGAGAAAAGCUCUAAGGCAGAGUCGGGGGAGAAAUCUAAGAAGCGCAAGAAACGAAAACGAAAGAAGAAUAAGUCAUCAGCUCCAGCAGAUUCUGAACGAGGACCCAAACCAGAACCCCCUGGGAGUGGCAGUCCUGCACCGCCAAGAAGGCGGCGGCGAGCUCAAGAUGACUCCCAGCGGAGAUCCCUCCCAGCUGAAGAGGGGAGCAGUGGCAAAAAGGAUGAAGGUGGGGGUGGUAGCAGCUCCCAAGACCAUGGUGGGAGGAAACACAAAGGUGAACUUCCACCUUCAUCCUGCCAGCGAAGAGCAGGCACCAAACGGAGCAGCCGGUCUAGCCAUCGGAGCCAACCCAGUAGUGGAGAUGAGGAUAGUGAUGAUGCUUCCUCACACCGGCUGCACCAGAAGUCUCCAUCCCAGUACAGUGAGGAAGAAGAAGAGGAAGAUUCAGGCAGUGAGCAUUCCCGCAGCCACUCAAGGUCUGGCCGGCGCCAUUCCUCACAUCGUUCCUCCCGCCGUUCUUAUUCAAGUAGCUCAGAUGCCUCUUCAGACCAGAGCUGCUAUAGUAGACAGCGCAGUUACUCUGAUGACAGCUACAGUGACUACAGUGACAGAUCACGAAGGCACUCCAAGCGCUCCCAUGACUCAGAUGACUCAGACUAUGCCAGCUCCAAACACCGAUCAAAACGGCACAAAUAUUCAUCUUCUGAUGAUGACUAUAGCCUCAGUUGCAGCCAGUCCCGAAGCCGAUCUCGGAGUCAUACCAGAGAGCGCUCAAGAUCCCGGGGCCGCAGCCGCAGCAGCAGUUGUAGUCGUAGUCGAAGCAAGCGGAGAAGCCGUAGCACCACAGCCCACAGCUGGCAACGGAGCCGGAGCUAUAGCCGGGACCGCAGCCGCAGCACCAGGAGCCCUUCCCAGAGAUCAGGCUCCAGGAAGGGAUCAUGGGGUCACGAGAGCCCUGAGGAGAGGCAUUCUGGGCGUCGGGACUUCAUUCGUUCUAAGAUCUACCGCUCCCAGUCCCCCCACUAUUUCCGAUCAGGCCGGGGAGAAGGUCCUGGGAAGAAAGAUGAUGGCAGAGGAGAUGACAGUAAAACAACAGGUCCACCUUCCCAGAACAGCAACAUUGGCACGGGAAGAGGGUCAGAAAGUGACUGCAGUCCUGAAGACAAGAACUCUGUCACUGCCAAACUGCUACUGGAGAAGAUCCAGUCAAGGAAAGUGGAGAGGAAACCUAGUGUGAGUGAGGAGGUGCAGGCCACCCCUAAUAAAGCUGGGCCCAAGCUCAAGGAUCCCCCACAAGGUUACUUUGGGCCCAAGCUCCCCCCAUCUCUUGGCAAUAAGCCUGUCCUUCCACUGAUAGGGAAGCUCCCAGCUACCCGAAAGCCCAAUAAGAAGUGUGAAGAGUCUGGCUUGGAAAGGGGGGAAGAGCAAGAACAGUCAGAGACAGAAGAGGGGCCCCCAGGGAGUAGUGAUGCCCUAUUUGGGCAUCAGUUCCCUUCAGAGGAAACAACUGGCCCCUUAUUAGACCCACCCCCAGAAGAGUCAAAGUCUGAAGAAGUUACUGCUGAUCACCCUGUGGCUCCACUAGGCACCCCAGCACACUCUGACUGCUACCCUGGGGACCCAACCAUCUCCCAUAACUACCUCCCCGACCCCAGUGAUGGGGACACCCUGGAGUCCCUGGAUAGCAGCAGUCAGCCAGGCCCUGUGGAGUCCAGCUUGCUGCCUAUAGCACCAGACCUUGAGCAUUUCCCCAGUUAUGCGCCUCCCAGUGGGGAUCCUAGUAUUGAGUCAACAGAUGGGGCUGAGGAUGCUUCACUGGCCCCCCUGGAAAGCCAGCCCAUCACCUUCACCCCUGAGGAGAUGGAGAAGUACAGCAAGCUCCAGCAGGCUGCUCAGCAACACAUCCAGCAGCAGCUUCUGGCCAAGCAAGUAAAGGCCUUUCCAGCCUCAGCUGCCCUGGCCCCAGCCACACCAGCCCUGCAACCCAUCCACAUUCAGCAGCCAGCUACAGCCUCUGCCACCUCCAUCACAACUGUUCAGCAUGCCAUCCUACAACAUCAUGCUGCCGCAGCUGCUGCUGCCAUCGGCAUUCACCCUCAUCCCCAUCCCCAACCACUUGCCCAGGUGCAUCAUAUUCCCCAGCCCCAUCUGACCCCCAUUUCUUUGUCCCACCUCACUCACUCAAUCAUCCCUGGCCACCCUGCCACCUUUCUCGCUAGCCAUCCCAUCCACAUCAUUCCCGCCUCAGCCAUCCAUCCUGGGCCCUUCACCUUUCACCCUGUCCCACAUGCUGCCCUCUACCCCACCCUACUUGCUCCACGGCCUGCUGCAGCAGCUGCCACUGCACUCCACCUUCACCCACUACUUCACCCCAUCUUCUCAGGUCAGGACCUGCAACAUCCCCCUAGCCAUGGCACAUGAGUUGGGGAAUGGGAUCCUAGGUAGGGCCAGGGGAGGAGACCCAUAAAUGUUCUCUUGGAGGUGUUGAGCCAUUAAUACCAGCGAGUAGAAGCUGGGAUGGGCAGUGUCUGACAGCCAAAGAAUUGAGUUUUGGCUUGCAGGGGUGGGUUUAGAUUUGAAGUUUGCUUUCAGUUUACUAUCAGGGAUUUCAUUUUCCUGUCCUCCUCUCAAUUUGUCCCUCCCUCUUCUGUGUUUCUAAGCUAGGGAACACCAGUAAGUGCUACCCACCCCUCUGCAGCAACAUCUCCAAACUGUCAAGUUUAGAUAAUCCCCUCCUCCCUCUGCUUUUUUCCUCUGCUCUCCCCUUCUAUAAAUUUUAAAACAUUUUCCUCCCCUCUGGCCAGUGGGUUAUCACCAGAGCACUUGCUGUGGGUCCAUCUGGUCUUGCCUUCUCAGUGCCACAGGGAAGGCCAAGCUGUUCUAGUGGUGGAAGUGCCACCACUUUGGGGUAGUAUCUUUGACCAUCCUUGGUGACGUUAUGUUAUCCCAACUGAGGUGGAAAGAGUCUCACCUGGAACCUGAUAUAACUCAGGCUGCAAUUCCAUCCAGUUCACACAUCAACGGAGCCACACAUUUGGCACUGUUAUCUUGGUAUCCCUCAUCCCAGAAGAGGCAUCUCCAUAUCCCAGAAAAGAAGAUCCUAUCAUGAAUAAAAGCUGUGUGGAACAUAGAGUUGCCCGUGUGCUUUCCCAGAGAGGAGCUCAUGUGUCUGAAGUGAAGGGUAUAUUUUCUUCUGUUGUGUUGAUGUUUCCUUCUUAAUUUAUAGGAUUUUUUAAUGUAAAAAAUUGCACUGAACUCUAUAAACGUAAAUGCUGCUUUUUGUAGCUCAUAUAAAAAAGGUUCCAUAUUUGUAGUAUACUGCAAUAAUAUUUUUUACAUCCAGCUCUUUAAGUGAUCCUCGUUCUGGUGGCUUUGUGUAAAUAUGUUUGCCCUAGUUGAAUUAAGAAACUUUAAAGGUUAUACAAUGAAAACAAAAAAUAAAAUACUUGUUUUCUGCUAGAUGCAAAACUGACUAAGCAUGUAUAUUUUACCAAGCUUAUGUAUUUUUUGAAGUUAUGAACUAUAAAAUGUUAAAACAUUUUUUGCUGGGACAAAAUGUUAAGUAAUUUGCAGUAUGUAGUGCCCCCAGUAUUGAGAUUUUUGAGCUAAUGGGCAGCAGUCAGCUGGGGGCUUCUGAGGGAUGCUCAUAUUUAAUAGUCUCCCUCAUGUACUUUUGCUGUACACAGAGAAACAGGUGGACCCCACAGAGGAGAAGGAGGGGACUCAACAGCUUUAUUGUCUGGAAGCAGUGAGAUUUGGUGAUUGUCUGGGGGGAUUCCUGGGUGUCCCUGGGUACCUUGUUCCAGGCAGUCAGUCCAUUUGCCUUCCUAGUACUUAGCCCCCUCUGACAAUUUUUUUUUUUUUAAUGUGCCUUUUGGGUUGGUAGAAACUAAAGUAGAAGUAGGCUGGAGGAUGAGUUGGGACAGUCUUCUUCCUUUUGUUGGGAGGUGAGCACAUUUACAGAUACUUCAAAUUCUUUUGCUUCAUAGUUUCCAUGCCCUCUGCCCAGCUCAGUUUAGACAGUAAGCGUUCCUUGUUUCUUUUCUCCCAUGACACUGACAAGAGGAAUUACCACCUCAGCCUCUUUUGCCCCUCUUCUUGCCUUUCACCCAGGCUCUCAGCCCUAAUUAACACACUGACCCAAAGGUGCUUGUAUUACAGGUCCCAUCUCCUUUGAUGAGGUUAACAGUUCCCACUUUGGCAUUUUCCUAACUAUUCCUGUGGCUAGAAUUGGUUGGUUGGUCACUUGACAAGAAAAACCAUACUUACCUGGGCCAAGGCUCUGUGUUCUGCCUUCUCAAAUUCCCAAAAGAGAAAAGUUUUAAGUUUAUGAAAAGAAAGUGGCAGGCAAACACAACUCUUGACUGACUUCCCACCCUCCUACCUGUUCAGUACUCCUCAUCUGAUUCAGAAGCAUCACUUCUUGGAUAACUAGCACUGGAUAAACGAAAUCAUCUGUGUAAGUGAAGGGACUCAUUUUUCUUUGCUUUCAGCCCAUGUAAAUAAAUAAUACAGUAUUAACAUUUUCGUGCUGCUCCCCAUUAGCUUGUAGAUUGAGCCAUACUCUGGCUGCCUCUGCCUUCCUAGGGGCAUUUUCUUUAACUUCCAGAAUAGUGAUUUUAAAACUAAAAAAUAAAAAUAAACCUUACUUACAAGCAUAACAGAUUGUAUUUAACUUUAUCACAUAUGAUAGAGAUAUAUAUGCUGUAAAAUGAGGGAAAGGAACUUUCUAAUAAACCAAUGAUUUGUGGAAACUUA